AUGGUUUCUCCUAAACAUAAAUUGAGGUUACUCUCUGACGAACUUCUCUCUCCUCGGCAGUCGUCAACACUACAGCUGACCUCGUAUGCCUGGAAUAUAUUGGUGGACUUACUAGGCAAGAACUGGAUGUACGAGCCCAUGUGGGAUGCCGUUCGUUCGAUGAAACAAGAAAAUAUGCUGUCAAUUGCAACUUUUGUUUCUGUUUUUGGAAGCUAUUGCAUGGCUGGUAAGUUUAGCGAGGCUAUAAUGAGUUUUGAUGUUAUGGAUAAAUAUGGUGUUCAGCAAGAUGUUGUCGCGGUGAAUUCGCUUUUGAGCGCAAUUUGCUGCGAGGACAAUCAGACAACAAAGGCAUGGGAGUUUUUCGACAAGAUUAAGUUGAAAAUCCCCCCAAUGCCGAUACUUUUGCUAUUUUGUUGGAAGGGUGGGAGAAAGAAGGCAAUGUGUCCAAAGCCAAGACGACGUUUGGUGAGAUGGUGA